AUGUCUUUUCGAUCUUUUAAAUCAAAAUCAAAACCGACAGAAGAUAAUUCAUCUGAAAUAACUUUAACAGCAUUAUCCAAAACACAAAAAAAUGAUCAUUAUACAUCUGAUAUUGAAAAAUUACAAAAUAAAAUUGAAUAUGAUGAAAAAACUUUAAAUCUAUUUAUAAAUCAUGUGUUUAUUACUCUUGAUGCAAAUAUUAAUGAUUUAAAAUUAUUAAUUGAUAAGAAACGACCUGAACAAAAAAUUUAUAAAGUAUCAAUAUGUGAUCUUUGGCUUCGAUUAAAAACUAUUGAACAAAUGGAACCAUAUCCACUUGUUACUUUUCUACGUACAAAUCAUUUGCAUCGUCAAGAAAUAAAAUUAUCAGACAUACAUAAUGAUAUCAUGAAAAUUGAACCACAAUAUUUAACUAAUCAUCGUCGAUCUCGUUUUAUACAUUUUCAUAUAUGUACAGGAUCAGAUGAAUUUAAUUUUAAUAUUGGUUCUUAUGUUGGGUUAGUUAUAUUUUCUUAUGAUAAUCAAUCCAAAUUUAUAUUAAAUGGACAUUAUUGUCAACGUGGUGAUAUUCUUAUAAAACAAAUGAAGUUUUUUAAUUAUCAACAAACAACACAUCGAGGAAUAUAUGAUGCUUUAUUUAAAUGGUAUUUUGGUCGUGUAAUUGAUGAAAAUUUUAUUGGUAUUGGAUUUUUAUGUUUAAAUGAAAAAUGGCGUUUUGAUUUAAUAACAUAUAAUGAUAAAGAAAUAUUUCUAUAUGAGUAUCGACUAUUAGAUAUGUUUAUGUUAACACAUUGGUUAACACAAUUUAUCAUAGCACAUAAUGUUCAUGACAUGGAAAUGAAUGCUAAAGAUAUAUUAUUACAACAAUAUAAUAUUGUAAAAAAGAAAUUAAUUAAUCAAGAAAAUAAAGAAUUAUUGAAUAAUUGGAAUGAAUUUAUUGGUAGUAAUGCGAAAGAUUUAAAAUUAGCUAUUAAAAAAUUUAUUCAAACCACAGAAAAUGAUAUUGAAAUUAUUUUUAAAGAACUCGAUAUAAAAACAAAUAUACAUUCAGAUUUAUUAAUACAAAAUACGUCAUAA